AUGACAGGAAUUUCAGAUGCGCUUGCAGAGAUUGAAAACCUGAAGCCAGGAGACAAACUUGUAUAUACACAUAUUGCAGAAAAACAUGGUGUUGAUCGCUCUACGUUGUCGCGCGCGCACCAAGGCGUGCAGGGUCCCCGACGCGUUGCCCACGAAAACAAGCGCAAACUCAACAAGCAACAGGAAGCAGAUCUAGUUAAGUAUAUAGAAGAGUUGUCAGCGCGUCACUUACCACCUACAAGGCGUAUGGUACAAAAUUUCGCAUCCUCUGUUGCCUUACAGCCCUGCUCCGAUAGCUGGGUUAAUCGCUUCCUGCACCGUCACCGCGAUCAGCUCACGUCCCAAUGGGCCACUGGCAUGGACUCUAAUCGCCACAACGCUGAGUCAGCGUACAAGUAUAAGCUAUACUUCGAGCUUCUGCAGCAGAAGAUUACCCAGUAUGAGCUUGAGCCAGAGCACACAUACAAUAUGGAUGAGAAGGGC